AUGGCAGAGACUUGGCUGGCAACAGCUGAGGUGAGCACGAGUGGGGGAUCGCUCGGUGCUAUGUACACUCCCGCGUUGCUUACGCGUCGUGAGCGCAAGGCAGCGGUGGUUGUGGAUACCCAUCCGGUCUUGGAAGCGAUGGACAUCGAUAAAACACAGAGUGACGCAUCAGUGGAGGACCACACGUGA